AUGUGUUGUAAGAAGACUGACUAUUUGAGAUUGGAGAAAGAGAUGUAUGGGAGAAAGGCAAGUGAGUUGGUGAAAGAAUUAGCGAGCAGUGAACCUGGGCAGCUCGCAGCUUUUGAUAAUGACCUAUUUGCUCAAGUAGUCGAAGAAUGUAAUGGCCAUCUCGUUCAUCUUCAAUCCUCCUUGUUGAGGAAAAUUCAAGAAGAAGGGUCAGACAGCCAAACAACUAGAAAUGCUGAUCACUUUGGUGCACUCAUUCACCACCUUUCAUUAGUCCGCAAUAAGCGCUGCCUUAUGGCUUAUGUGUAUAAUCGAGCAGAAGUAAUACGAAGCUUGGGGUGGACAGUUGAGUGUGUGCUCCCUGAAGAAAUUGGAGAGAAGCUAAGUACCUCAGAGAAAGAGUAUUUCAAAAAUCAUUCUGCAACUUUACAAGCAUAUAUGGCAGAACUGGAUCUUGAUUUGGCUGUGGUAAUUUGUCUUUUCUUAGAUGGCUCUUUAAAUUGCAGAAUCAAAAAAGUCAAUCAGGGAAGUUUAGAUGAUUCAACAGUCAUUGAUGUGUCUACAACUGAAGUGCAGAAAGUUCCAAGGAUGCAGUUAAGGGGGUGGAAUGUGUUCCGGAUUUAG